AUGGCGACCACUCCAGACAGCAGCACAGACCGCAGACCGAUCAGGAGACUCCGCUCCAAGAGCGAUACCCCAUAUCUGGUUGAAGCCCGACUCUCCUUCAACCUGCGGACAGCCGAGGAAGUAGAGAGGCUGGCUGCCAUGCGUUCUGAGUCCGGCACCCCACACUCCACCCAUCCGUCGUCGGAGCAAAUUUGCUACUCUGGACGCCUCCUCAAGCCCUGGAAAUGGAGGAAGAAGAAGAGUGACAAGUUCAAGCAGACAUCUGCUGCAACCGUUGAGUUCCGAUCCUCGAUGGACGGUGGAAUCUGCACUCAGGAGUCCUCAAUUAAGUCAUCCAUGGUUCUACCCUCCAAUAAAUCUUUCACCUACUCGAAUGACCUUCAGGAUAAACCCGCCAAGCCGCCGCUGUACCACAAAAAGCCUCCUGCUCUCCCUCCAAAGCCUUUCUCUAGAAUCCCGAAACAUAGCACAGAUUCUUGCCAGCCAAUGAAGUUGACCUGUAUGCGUGGGGGAAAGCACUCUCCACCCCUGCCUCCAAAGAAAGUGAUGAUAUGUGUGCCUCAAGGGGGGAUGGACUCCAACUCCCCGUCUCCGUCGCCCAAUCCCCUCUGCUCUAUGUCCCAAAAGUGCGGCCCCCCCCAGGGCAUGCCCCACCACCACGGGCCCUUGCUGCCCUCUCAGCUGGCGGCUCUCUCCAGUCUUCAUCAGAGCCGGGGUCACCCGUUUCGGCUUCAGUACGGCAGCUUGCACGCGCCCAGCCGGAUCAUCGAGGAGCUCAAUAAAACCCUGGCACUCUCCAUGCAGAGGUUUGAAAGCUCUGCAUUGCACGGCGUUGGUCAUUGUGUUCCCCUGGACCGGAGAGAAGUGCCGUCUGUGAUCAUCGACUACGAGGAUGACAAGGAGAACAUGCCCAACGAGUGUGACUAUGAAGAUCUGCCUAGCAUGUAUAAGGACGAGGACGAUGAGGAGGAUGAUGAUGAGGAUGACGACGAAGAUGACGACACAAUAUUUACAAGUUCCCUGGCUCAGAAGGUGCUGAGGAAAGACUCUUUGGCCAUCAAGCUGAGUAACCGUCCUUCAAAAAGAGAGCUUGAGGAGAAAAACAUCCUGCCCAUGCAGACAGACGAGGAAAGACUAGAGUCUAGGCAGCAGAUAGGCACCAAACUCAAAAGGCGCUUGAGUCAAAGACCCACAGCGGAUGAGCUGGAGCAGAGGAACAUCCUCAAACCUCGCAAUGAGCAAGAGGAAAUCGAGGAGAAAAGGGAGAUAAAACGAAGGCUGACACGAAAGCUAAGCCAAAGGCCCACUGUAGAGGAGUUAAGACAGGCCAAAAUCCUCAUCCGAUUCAGUGACUACGUGGACGUGUCCGAUGCCCAGGACUACGACAGGCGGGCAGAUAAACCCUGGACCCGGCUCACAGCAGCUGACAAGGCAGCUAUACGAAAGGAACUCAAUGAUUUCAAGAGCAAUGAGAUGGAGGUGCACGAGUCAAGUCGCCAUUUAACCAGGUUUCACCGACCAUAG